AGCCAUGGCGUCGGUGUUCUCCAAUGGCCCCUGCCUGCAGAGCGAGGCCGAGGGGGUCCACCUCUGCAGGAGCCUCGAGGUGGGCACGGUGAUGACUUUGUUUUACUCCAAGAAAUCCCAGAGGCCGGAGAGGAAGACCUUCCAGGUGAAGCUGGAGACCAGGCAGAUCAUCUGGAGCAGAGGCUCGGACAAAAUCGAAGGAGCCAUUGAUAUUCGCGAAAUCCAAGAGAUUCGUCUGGGAAGAAACUCCCGAGAUUUUGACCGUUAUCAGGAGGAUGCUUCUUUUCGAGCAGACCCGAAUCACUGCUUUGUCAUCCUUUAUGGCAUGGAGUUCAGGCUGAAAACACUCAGCCUGCAAGCCACAUCCGAAGAUGAAGUCAACAUGUGGUUCAAAGGGCUGAACUGGCUGGUGGCGGAUACCUUAAAGGCUCCUACUCCACUGCAGAUUGAAAGGUGGCUUCGAAAACAGUUCAAUUCCGUUGAUCGCAACAGAGAGGACAGGAUUUCUGCAAAGGAUUUGAAAAACAUGCUGUCUCAAGUCAAUUACCGAGUCCCUAACAUGAGGUUUCUGAGAGAAAGGUUAACAGACCUGGAACAAAGGAAUGGAGAUAUCACAUAUGGACAAUUUGCCCAGUUGUACCAGAGCUUGAUGUACAAUGCUCAAAAAGGGUUGGCUGUACCAUUCUUAGAAAGCAGUGGUGACGGAUCUGAGAACUGCCGAGUAUCUCUGAUGGGAUUCCAGACAUUUUUACUAGAAUCCCAAAUGGAACUUUGGGCUACUGACCUCCUCUUGGUCCAGGAGUUCAUGUUCAACUUCUUGAAGGACCCGUUGAGGGAAAUUGAAGAGCCUUAUUUUUCCCUGGAUGAGUUUCUCACCUUCUUGUUUUCCAAAGAGAAUAGCAUCUGGAACUCAGAACUCGACGUUGUACGUCCAGACGACAUGAACAGUCCCCUUUCCCACUACUGGAUUUCCUCCUCGCAUAAUACGUACUUGACAGGAGAUCAGUUCUCCAGUGAAUCCUCAUUGGAAGCUUAUGCUCGUUGCCUGCGCAUGGGAUGCCGUUGUAUUGAACUGGAUUGCUGGGAUGGGCCAGAUGGGAUGCCUGUGAUCUAUCACGGGCACACACUUACUACAAAGAUCAAGUUUUCCGAUGUCUUGGCCACGAUCAAGGAGCAUGCUUUUGUGACCUCUGACUAUCCCGUCAUCCUGUCCAUCGAAGAUCACUGCAGCAUCGCUCAGCAGAGGAACAUGGCCCAGAACUUCAAGAAGGUCUUUGGGGACAUGCUGCUGACCAAGCCCGUUGAUAUCUCUGCUGACGGGCUACCCUCUCCGAACCAGCUGAAGAGGAAAAUCCUGAUAAAGCACAAGAAACUGGCUGAAGGCAGCGCUUACGAAGAAGUCCCCACAUCCGCCAUGUAUUCGGAGAACGAUAUCAGCAACUCGAUAAAGAAUGGAAUCCUCUACCUGGAAGAUCCUAUCAAUCACGAUUGGAACCCCCAUUACUUUGUCCUCACCAGCAGCAAAAUCUAUUAUUCUGGGGAGAGAACGAGUGAUCUGGGAAAUGAGGAUGAGGAAGAGCAAAAGGAGGCAAGCAAUAGCACUGAACUCCACUCCACCGAAAAGUGGUUCCACGGCAAGUUGGGAGCCGGGCGUGAUGGACGUCACAUCGCAGAGAGGCUGCUGACGGAGUACUGCAUAGAGACAGGGGCCCCCGAUGGCUCUUUCCUGGUGCGUGAGAGCGAGACCUUUGUUGGCGAUUACACCCUUUCUUUCUGGCGCAAUGGGAAAGUGCAGCAUUGCCGGAUCCAUUCCCGGCAGGAUGCCGGCAGCCCCAAGUUCUUCCUCACUGACAAUCUGGUGUUCAACAGCCUCUAUGACCUCAUCACCCACUACCAGCAGGUGCCACUCAGGUGCAAUGAAUUUGAGAUGAGGCUGACGGAGCCGGUGCCACAGACCAAUGCCCAUGAGAGCAAAGAAUGGUACCACGCGAAUCUCACCCGGCCUUUAGCAGAGCGCAUGCUGAUGCGGGUUCCGCGGGAUGGAGCUUUCCUAGUGCGCAAGAGAAGUGAGCCAAACUCUUAUGCCAUCUCCUUCCGGGCGGAAGGGAAGAUCAAACACUGCCGAGUACAGCAGGAGGGCCAAACUGUUAUGUUGGGUAACUCAGAAUUUGACAGUCUGGUAGACUUAAUCAGUUACUAUGAGAAGAACCCGCUGUACCGCAAGAUGAAGUUGAGAUAUCCAAUAAAUGAGGAGACCUUGGAGAAGAUUGGGACAGCGGAGCCAGAUUACGGUGCUCUCUAUGAAGGACGGAAUCCUGGAUUCUAUGUGGAGGCCAACCCCAUGCCGACUUUCAAGUGUGCUGUCAAAGCCUUGUUCGACUACAAGGCACAGCGGGAGGACGAACUCACUUUCACCAAAAAUGCUGUCAUCCAGAAUGUGGAGAAACAAGAAGGAGGCUGGUGGAGAGGAGAUUAUGGGGGUAAGAAGCAACUGUGGUUUCCAUCUAAUUACGUGGAAGAAAUAGUGAGUCCAACGGGGCUGGAGACAGAGACAGAACAACAGCUAGAUGAAAACAGUCCCCUGGGAGACCUGCUUGGAGGUGUCCUGGAUGUACCCUCCUGUCAGAUUGCUAUCCGCCCCGAGGGGAAGAACAGCCGCAUGUUUGUCUUCUCCAUCAGCAUGGCUUCCAUCUCGCGAAGGUCCCUGGAUGUGGCUGCCGACACGCACGAAGACCUGUUGGACUGGGUGAAGAAAAUCCGCGAGGCAGCGCAGACUGCUGACGCCAGGCUCUCCGAAGGGAAGAUGAUGGAGAGAAGGAAGAAGAUAGCGCUGGAGCUUUCUGAGCUCGUCAUCUACUGUCGCCCUGUGCCCUUUGACGAGGACAAGAUUGGUACAGACAGGGCCUGUUACAGAGACAUGUCCUCCUUCCCCGAAACGAAGGCAGAGAAGUAUGUCAACAAAAUCAAAGGCAAAAAGUUCCUCCAGUACAACCGGCUACAGCUUUCUCGCAUCUACCCCAAGGGACAACGCCUUGACUCCUCCAACUACGACCCCCUGCCUAUGUGGAUCUGUGGCAGUCAGCUGGUGGCGCUCAACUUCCAGACGCCAGACAAGCCAAUGCAGAUGAAUCAGGCCCUGUUCAUGUGCGGAGGUCAGUGUGGCUUCAUGUUGCAGCCGGCCAACAUGCGGGACGACAUCUUCGAUCCCUUUGACAAGAACACCCUGCGUGGGAUGGAGCCCCUUUCCAUUUCCAUUGAGGUCCUUGGGGCACGGCACCUUCCCAAAAACGGAAGGGGAAUUGUUUGUCCCUUUGUAGAGGUAGAGGUGUCUGGAGCAGAGUAUGACAAUGCAAAGCAGAAGACAGAGAUGGUGGUUGACAAUGGCUUGAACCCUGCUUGGUCCCUGAAAACCUUUCAGUUCCAUAUCCAUAAUCCCGAGUUUGCCUUCCUCCGCUUUGUGGUGUACGAAGAAGACAUGUUCAGUGACCAGAAUUUCUUAGCUCAAGCCACAUUCCUGGUUAAAGGCUUGAAGACAGGAUACCGAGCUGUGCCUUUGAAGAACAACUACAGCGAGGACCUGGAGCUGGCUUCCUUGUUGGUGAAAAUCGAUAUCUUCCCCGGCAAGCAGGAGAAUGGAGAAAUUAGCCCCUUUGGGGCAUCAGCCUUCCGAGACAGGUCAGGUGACCCCGCAAAUCAGCUUGGGGCAGGCCGAGGCAGAGAAGGCUCCUUCGAAGCCCGCUAUCAGCAGCCGUUUGAGGACUUCCGGAUGUCACAGGAGCAAUUAGCGGACCACUUUGACAACCGAGAUCGAAGGGCACUGCGAAGGACCAGGGUGAACGGGGACAACCGCCUCUAGCCCAGUUCGGCCUGCAGGAAAGCACCCCCAGUGCUUGUGAUUCUCACGGAUUGCUGUGAACUGGUUUCUAUGGAAACGGCACUGCUUUGGCCUACUUUCAGGCAGCUUUUCCGGUUUCUCUUCUGAAGGGUGUUCAAGUAGAGAAUGUCUUUUU